CCGCUAAAGAUAUAUCAGAAAUUUAGAAAGCGACAUAAAUAUGACAAAUUAUUUGAAAAAAUAACAAAAGUUUCCUAUGAUCCCACAAUAUUUCCAGCACUUAGAUUCAAGAUGAAAGACGACAAGUUUAUAAGAGAAGCUUCAUGUCUUAUCUACAUAUCUGGGCGUGUUAUAUUAACCGGAAUAACUUCUACUAAACAGGUCGAAUAUUUAUUCGAUAACAUAAUUUUACCCCUACUUGUAAAAUUUCCAAGAUUGUAA